ACUGAGUACGGAGUGGAUAGCUAGGGUUUCCUCACUCAUACAGUCAUACGGAGUACCAUAAAGACGAACAACAUUUAGGCUUUACUCUUCUCCUAAAAUCCGAGAGGUGAAUCGGCGAAGCUAACCGGCAGAAUGGAUAAGAGCAUGCUUAGCGAUCUGGACAAUCUUCCCGAGGAAGAUAAGGCUCGUAUGUCUACCAUGAUUGAUGGACUCCAAAUCCGGGACAGCCUGCGGAUGUACAACAAUCUGGUGGAGAGAUGCUUUACUGAUUGUGUUGAUACGUUCCGUCGCAAAACUUUGGACAAACAGGAGGAGACAUGUGUGCGCCGAUGUGCAGAAAAGUUCAUGAAGCAUUCAAUGCGUGUUGGGCUGAGAUUUGCCGAGCUCAAUCAAGGUGCAGCUACACAAGAUUGAAUGAUUUUUUGUCCCUAGUUCUAUAUUCGGAUUUUCCUUUGUUGUGAUGAGACAUUUGUUCCUUCCUAUGAUUUUGGAUUGUUGACGUCAUAUUUCAGUUGCUUUGAAAUGCGUAUGUGUGAUAUGCGCCAAAGAACGAAAGCUUGCUUUUGUGCCAGCUCCCGUCUCUGUAUUCUUUGAAGGAAGUUUAUGAUUUUGUUAUUUUUGAGGUGUUCAGUUAUAGGAAAAUUUCUAAGAACAUAAAGAAUGUUAGCACUUGGGUUUAAAUCCUUACUAUUAAGGACUAAGUGUUUAGUAUUUUGGUGCUCUUAAUAAUUACUCUCAGUUGUAGUGGUGAACCAUUUUUAUCAGCGUCUUUGAAAUAGACCAAUUUUCAAGUUCUCAACUUUGAUGCGAUUGGGAUGAAAUGCGACAAAAGAAACAAAAAGAAGAUGGUGAAAUCCAAAUAGAACGUAGGACCCACAGUGAAUGUAGAAUGUUGGUCCGAGGAACAUAAAGGGUCCGCUAUAUCUAUCGCACACAAGCUUUGGCUCGCCAUUACUGUCUGAAACAAAGCCUUGCACUAGAGGGGCUCUUGUUCUUCGAGUUGACAUCUUGAAUUUCUUUUCUAAAGAUGCUUCCUCAAUCUGUUGGGUGCACGGCUAAAUAAAGAGGGACAAAACAAGCAAAAUUAUAUAUAGAUGUUAAGGAUCAAAACUUUGUUAAAAACUUUGUUAAGAGUAUUAAGCUUGCUGUAAAAGUCUAAACCCAUAGACAGAUUCAUUCUUUUUAAAACAAGACCAGAUAUUUCCUCAAAAAUUCUGAUUUCAUAAGUUAGUUUGGACAAAAUCAGAUCCUAGAUUAUACCAAAACACUAAGAAAACUCCCAAAAUCUGCUACAGAUUCACGCCAGAGCCUAGUGUCAUUCAUGUGCCUCCACCUUGAAGCCAAAUUUAUUCUUAAGCUUAUGUAUCAUUAGAGUACAUUUCGUAUGGCCUAGUUCCAUGAAUGAACUUUAAACAAAUACACUUGUAUAUGAAAAGAACCCCACAAAAACAAGUGAAACACUCAAGGCUUAUCUCUAAGUGAGACAAAUUUUGAAACCACCUUUUUUUCCAAUCCAACAAAAUGUAUUUCGAAGGAGCAACAGUGAGAAAACUAUACCAGUGAGGUGCAAACAAACACCAUUCAAGCCUUAUUUUAAACAAAAGAAUGAUGUAAACCUCCGGCCAUAACUCAGUAGCAAACUCUAUUCUCAAUAAUUUGUAAUAAAAAACCCUGAAUUUGGGAGACUAAAACAGAAACCAAAUAGUUCCACUAAAAACUGAAAAAAAUAAAAGAAACACUAAAAAGAGAAAAACAAAAGGGAACGAAGGGGGUUUUGGGUUCAAGACCCGAACCCCCCUAUGGUUUUUACCCUUAAUUGAAGCUCUAAUUUUUGUUUUUGAUUGUGGUGGUUCUCCCGCAGCUCUCCUCUGUGGUUUUAUAGGCAUAAGAUCGGCUACUCCAUCUUGGAUUGGGAUUCUUCGCUCCGGGAUUUGCGCUGCUCCGUUUCUUCUCUCGCCUCUUUUGAUGGAGAUGAAAAAGAUAAUGAGUAGGAGAAGGAGUUCUCCUUGUGUGAACAACAAAUCAGAUAGGGCGCAGCUUCUCAGGUUUCUUUCGUGUGUGCAGCGGAGGAUUGGGCCUGGACUGUUUCUUUAUCACCAUGUGUUGCGGUGAUACGAAACUUGCAAAGAUGAAAAACGUAAUUAGUAAGGGGGAGAAUGAAAUUGGAAAGAGGGAAAAUGAAUUUGGUGAUAAUUG